AUACCUAGUUAGAGUUGUCAGUGACAAAUCUCGAGAACUCACAUUUCAAACAUGAAUUUAAUACUCUCUUUGUGCUUCGUUUUAUUAAUUGGCUCAGCUGAUGUGUGGCUCACUUCCAGCUCGGUCCAUUUCGGAGACCAGGGGGACAACAUGACCCUCAUCAGCCGGUUUGAAACAGAUAUCAGUACCCACGUUACCUGGUUCCGACAGGAUCUCAGCGGCAAGGUGACAUUGGUGAAGUUCUUCAGCAAUGCAGCCAUGCAAACUCACGACCGUUAUUUUGUCGCGGUUGACGGCUCCAAUAUCAUGUCGACGGUUAUCAAAACUACCACUGAGGACUCCGGUCGAUACUUUGCAGUGAGGCGUAACGGCGUGAACUUCGAGGCAGGAACUAUACAGGACAUCGUCGUGACAGACCAACUUGCCGUCCCGGUAAUGCGUGUGUUCCUACAGUCGGGACCGGGGCGCGUGUUUCUUUGUGAGGUAACCGGUGCGGGGCAGGGAUGGAGCGAACCAUACUGGAUGGGAGUUGACGGACACAACAUGACAGUGGACAGCGAGACGAUCAGAUCGUUUGACGAAAACGGUUUGUUCACUCAAUCGACCAUCCUCAUCCCAUCAUUGGCAGACGGAGUAAAGGCCGCCAUGUGUGUGUGUCGUCGGGAGAGCACAGGAACCAUGAUCCAAUCCGUUAUACAAAUACUAACAACCGAGAAUGUGAUGGGUUCCUGUGAUAUCCUGCUGUACGUGGUUCUCCUGGCCUGCCUGCUACUUCUGCUGGCCGGCGCAGCGGCUGCUGUGCGGGCCACGAGGAGCGGGUGUGUCACCAUCUAGGUUAUCUCGAAUCAUCUGAAUAUUUCGCUGUAGCAUGGCCUAAAAUAAAAUGAGAUUAUUAAGUAGAGAUAAAUGUAUAAUCCACAGACCUAAUCGAAUAAUUUGCUAUGUGUGGUGGUGUGAGUUCUCACAUAUGGCUGCUGUAGUUUAAUUUCAAUGAGACUGUCGUUUUAGCAGACGCCCUUGAAAGGUUAGAUUAUAAAACACAAUAAUAUCUGAAUGCAGUCAUGCAAACAAAAUGUAAAAAGAAUGUGGGAUAGUCUAUUUGAAUAAAUUCGUCUGUACAAAGAUGAAAUAUGUAGCCUAUAACUGAAUAUUGCCCACCUCCGUGCGCCUCAACAGCCUAUAACAAUACUAUGACAUAUUCUAUCUUCCUAAUGUGUUUUAUAAUCUAACCUAGCCCUAAAAUAGGCUACAGUAUGGCUAUACGAUGUGCAUUUUACAGAUGGCGAAUACAAAUAUGUUAUGUUAGAACGGUGUUGCAUUGGCAGAUACAUCUGUCACCAUGUGAAAAUAAAUGUUUU